UCCUUUGCUCUCCACAACUUCCCUCUCCUUCUUUACUUUUAUUUGGUUUUCGUCUUUAAUUUUCAUUUUCAUCUUUAGUUUUGUGUGUGUUUCAAUGGCUGAUACCGGUGGUUCAGUCUCUUCAAGAAGAAUGUGGUGUUCAGUUCCUGAAAGACUCCAGCUGCACAUGGCCAUGUUGACCUUGCAGUUUGGAUAUGCUGGUUUCCAUGUCGUUUCUAGGGCUGCCCUUAAUAUGGGAAUUAGCAAACUUGUUUUCCCAGUUUACAGGAACAUCAUCGCUUUGCUUCUUCUACUUCCUUUUGCCUAUUUCCUUGAAAAGAAGGAGAGGCCAGCAAUUACUCUCAACUUCAUCAUUCAGUUCUUUCUCCUUGCGCUAAUAGGAAUAACAGCAAACCAAGGAUUCUACUUGCUGGGCUUAGACAAUACUUCACCCACCUUUGCAUCAGCAAUACAAAACUCCGUCCCUGCCAUUACCUUUCUCAUGGCAGCCUUGCUCCGGAUAGAGAAAGUGAGGCUAGACAGAAAAGAUGGAAUAGCAAAAGUAAUAGGAACAAUUUGCUGUGUAGCGGGGGCCUCAGUUAUCACUUUAUACAAGGGUCCAGUCGUAUACAGCCCAGUUCCACCACUCAACAAACCUACACCAAUGUUUGUUUCUCUUGGAGAUGCAAGGGGCAAGAACUGGACCCUUGGCUGUAUCUAUCUCAUUGGCCAUUGCUUGUCUUGGUCCGGUUGGCUUGUGCUUCAGGCACCAGUUCUAAAGAAAUACCCAGCCAGGCUAUCUGUCACCUCCUAUACAUGCUUUUUUGGACUUAUACAGUUCUUGAUCAUUGCUGCCAUUUUUGAAAGGGAUACACAGGCUUGGAUGUUCCACUCUGGUGGAGAACUCUUCACCAUCCUUUAUGCGGGAGUGGUGGCAUCAGGGAUUGCCUUCGCUGUACAGAUAUGGUGCAUUGACAGGGGUGGCCCUGUUUUCGUCGCUGUUUAUCAACCUGUUCAAACUCUUGUUGUCGCCAUCAUGGCUUCCAUUGCAUUAGGCGAAGAGUUCUAUCUUGGAGGGAUGAUUGGAGCAGUAUUAAUCAUAAUUGGAUUAUACCUUGUUCUAUGGGGCAAAAGUGAAGAAAAGAAGUUCGCAGCAAAGGAAAGUGCAGCCAUCCAGUCCAGUGCGGACCACGCAAGCAUCAGAUCACAAGCUCACAUCAAGACAUCCCUUACUCAGCCACUCCUCCCUUCGUCAACGGAAAAUGUUUGACCACCAAGAAUCCUAACCCUUUAACAACACAGUUGGCUGGAGAGAGCCAGAUGAUUUGAAGGGGCCAACAAAAAAAAAAACUACAAAAAAUUGCACUACUUUAUUAAGAAGGCUUGUGUGUGUAUGAAGAAGUUCUAUUUCUUUUCUUUUUUGUUUGGUUAGUGUUUUUUUUCCCCUUUGGGUUAGUAGGAGAUUGAGGAAGGGAAGAUUUUGAGGGGAUGAAAAUGAUUAUUAUUGUCAGUUGGUAUGGCCCUUUGGCCAGAAACCCCUUCUUAUGCUUUAUAUGUUAAAUUAAGCUAUGUUUUGUUUUUACCAAAAGAAAAGAUGUGCACAUUAUGAUA